UAAAAAGGGGCAAGCGAAACAGCCUCUGAACCGCACAGGGAAGGAGCUUCAUCAGUACGUCUCUGGAAACCUAGGGUUUCUGAGUUCCCUUCCCAUCCCAGUGACAAUGACGACAAUGAAGACAAUCGAGGCCGCUCUGAAACUGGUCGACGUCAAGAAGAAGAAUCUCCAGAAAGCCUUCGAAGACCUCCAAGCCCACUCAUCUUCUCUCUCUUCCUUCAACCUCUCAUGGUCCGACCUCGACUCCUACUUCACCUCCAUCCACUACUCGCUCCAGCAAAAAUUCGACCUCCUCCAAUCCCAAGGACCCCAACCCGAACCCAAGCCCGUCGCCGAGGACUCGUCCGGGUUGGCCGCCGGCGUGGCCCGGCCGGAGUUGCGAUCUCUAUGCGAGGCCAUGGACGGGCUGGGCUUAAGGAAGUACUUGCUCGAGCAGCCGUCCAAGGAUCGGGCGGCCCUCCGGGACGAGUUGCCGUCUGCGAUGCAGUGCGCGCCAGACGCGGCGGCGAUGGUUCUUGAAGCGAUAGGGGGUUUCUACGCGGCCGAUUCCAAGGGCGAUAAGGGCACGGAGUUGAUCGCCUUGAGGAGGACUUGCGUGAUGUUGUUGGAGGCGUUGAUGGGGUCUAGGGUUCUUGUUGGGGAUGAGGCGAAGGAGAGGGCGAGGAUUUUGGCGGCGGAGUGGAAGGGGAAGGUGAAAGUUGAGGAGGACAAGCCGGUGGAGGCCUUAGCAUUUCUGAAUCUUCUGGCGGCUUAUGGCUUGGUGGAUGAAUUUAGUGUGGAGGAGCUUGUUGAUUUUGCUGUUGUUUCUGCGAGGUUCCCGCAAGCUAUCGAAUUGUGCAGGGUACUUCGUUUUGGUGACAGGAUAUCUGAUCUUAUCCCAAAACUCCUUAGCAAGGGCAAACAUCUUCCGGCAAUCAAAUUUAUUUUUUAUUUCGAGCUUGCAGACAAGUUCCCAGCAGUACCCAUCUUAAAAGAAUAUGUUGAAUUGUCCAAGCAGCAGGCUCAGGAAAUUCGGAAGGGUGGAAAGAACUCACGCAAAUCACAGAAUGAGGCCAUAAGCAAAGAAAUAACUGCAUUGAGAUCUGUUAUCAAAAUCAUCGAGGAUCAGAAACUUGAAUCUGAGUAUCCAAAGGGGAUCCUUAUGGAACGCAUUGCGACACUAGAGAAGGAGAAAGCAGACAAAAAAAAUUCUAUAGUAGUCCCUCUUCCCAAGACUCGGCAACAAUCAAAGGCACAGAAGCUGAGUGGUGGCAAGCGUCCUCGAACUUCACCAGCGGUUCCUUCUGCAGCUCCUCCUGCUGUACGAUAUGCAGGUUCAUCUGUUGGCAUUGCAGGGUCUGCUCUUGAUUCUGCCCCAUAUCUAAGCUCAGUUGGUGGCUUGGAGGGUUCCUUUCAUUCGGCUGCCCUAUAUGCAGCAGGCUCAUCCGGUGGCUUGUAUGGUUCAGUAGGAACCCCUUUGGGUAUGCAUGGCGACUUGACGUCCACUCAGGCCCUUCCAUACCCUUUGAAAUCUCAUAUACCACCAUCUGGUUAUCUUGAUGGGCUAAGUUCCUAUAGUGGGUAUGGUUUGCCACCACAACAUCCUCCAGCCUACCAUCCUCAGUAGGUCCUUGGAACUGUUUUCUCUUUGUGGUGGUGUAACAAUGAAUGGUAUAUGUUGGCAGUUGCCCGACUUUGCAGAACUGCCAAGAAGGAUAUUUAUGUUGUUGAAAGUGUCCAUGGUUAUGCAUUGAAAUCAGUGAAGAGUUUCGUUUGAGGUUGUUUAGUUGAAGGAUCUUUGUUUUGUUUCUUCUUGUAUAGUUAUAUCGAGCAUUUUUGUUAUCCAAAACCUUUUUAGUUAUUUAUUUUUGGCAAGUGUACUA